AACCACAUUUACAGAUAAAUAAACCAGCAUUUCCACACACAUACAUAUGAACACACCACACUUUACACAUAUAUACAUUGAUGGAGCCUCUAUAUGAUCGUUCAACCUGCUUGAAACAGCAGUCAAAUUUCUCUCAAAUAACACUAUAAAAGAGGUGACGCAUUAAAUAAUGUACUCGAGAGUAGGACGAGAUGGCCAAAUCGGAAUGUCUUUGACCAGCUGGGGUGAUACGAGGGAUAAACAUCACAUACAUAAAUGUACACACAAACAUUUAGAAAUAUUAACAUUUUCUUAAGUGUAAAAAUACCUGAGAAAUGAAACUUUUUAUUUCCAUUUUUCAGUAUUUUCCCACCAUCGAAUUUCAUUUCUUUAAACAUUAAAAACAACAACAACAACAUAAAAACAAAAUAGAAAUUAAGAUAUACCAAAAUAUAAAAUCAUUAAUAAUUAAAAAAAAUAUUCUGUUUAUGAAAAGCACGUCUCCCGCCACGCUCUGUUGUCAAAUUAUCGGCUGACCUCGAUACUCAACAUGAAAUACUAAAUUAUUUUCUCAGAUAUUACACUAAUGCAAAAAACAUACAAAAUAACAAACUAAUUUUAUUAAUUGACUUAUCUAUUCAAACAUUCAGUGAUAUAUAUUCUUGCAUCUUCAAUAACCCCGAUAUUGAUAAAACAAUCAUUAUUACGCACUGCGAAAACGAACGUCGUAAAGGUAAAACAAGAAGUAAACUCUCAUCGAAGCCAGUUGGCAAGCCGGUUUCGAUUCUUGGCUAACUUGGUUUUAUUUUCACUUAAGCAGCUAAUAGGAUUAAUAAGAAGCUACAGUCGUCCCAUCAUCUAACUAAUUUUAUAUAAUUGUUAGACAGUUUUACCAUGUCAAAAGAUACGAAUUUAUAUUUCCAGUGGAUGUAUAUAUUUUUAAAUGUGUAUAAAAUAUGAUUUUACAUCAAGACAUGUCAGAUCUCAAACCACCUGAUGGGUUUGAAACUGAGAGCUAUGUGAAAUUUCAAAGUUUUUGUAACACUGAUCAGUCAUUGAAUACUGAUAAACACAGUAGCCUAUUAGAUAUGCUACAUGACAAAGCAGAGCUCAUUGGUCAGAAGGAACUGUACAGUAGAUAUCGAACACGACUAGGAACUCCAGCUGUAAAUCGGAGAUCAUAUACCGAGGAGGACCUGGAGAGAUUUGAACGAGAAAACGAUGGUUUUCCACUGCCUCCAACAGAAGAAGAACUGAGAGAAUUUGAUUCUUGGUUUUUCACAUUAUGUAAAGACAAGAGAAAUUCUUCUUAUAAAAAAUUCUUGGAUAUUACUUUAUUAAAAGCCAAAUUCUACAAGCUUCAAUCACCAGCCAAGCCGAAGUUCUUGGAGCGCCUCAUUACAGGGGUUGGCUCAAAACUUACAAAGUCUCACAACAAACUCAAUGGUGUUGUGAUUUCUGGAAACACUGCAGAGGACACCUCAACAGAAGCAAUAAAGCAUGAGCAAGCAGAAAGUUCUUCAAACUGUCUGUGUCUUUUAGACAACAGUACAGAAAGUUGUCCCGAUUCACCAAUCUACGAAGAAAUUCCUUUUUAUGAAGCUCCACAAUCAAAUAAUUCUCCUCCACUCUCUGGAUGGAAUUCUUUGUGUUCCACACCAACGUCUCCAAAGCUCUCUGGCAUUGUGCGGCAGAGAUGCAGUGAAUUUCAGAAACUGAACAAAGAAUCGACAUCACCAGUGAAAACACUGAAAGAUAAAACCAUUGCUGAAAGCCAAAUGUCCAAAUCCAUGCCUUCCUCACCACAAAAUCGUACAAAACACAUUUCUCAAACCAUUGAGAAAUUAACAAACUCCUUCACUCCAGUAGACAAUACCAAAAAGCCACCACCAGUCAAAGAUGAGUAUCUGGCAAACCCUACAAUGGCAGCUGGAUAUGUACGUGCCUUUGUGGAAAAAAUUAAUCAGAACAAGUGGAGUGCUGAUGGAGAAUCAGGUUCCCAACCACUACCACAGUCACAAUCCUGUUCUCCAAGUUUGCAAAAAGUUUUAGCAAAUGAUGAAAUAGUCAUUAGCAAAAAUCAUAAAAACACAAAUUCAUUACCAAAGCGAUAUACACAACGCAAUGGUAUUGUUAGUCUUUUGGAUACCAAAUCUGAUUUAUUUAACUCUAUCAACCGAGACAAAGAUUCUAGUAUUAAUGACCAAGAAAUUAUUUCUUUGUCUCCUGAAGAACUAUUUGACCGAAGUUGGUCGGAUUCAGAAUCUUCGGAGGAUGACUAUGACACUAAAUAUAACCAACGUUUGGAAGACACAAUAGUUCCACAGGAGGACGAGGAAUCUGAGAAACAAAAAAAUAUCAGGUACAAAAUUGUGGAGGAAUUACUUAAGACAGAAAGGGCAUAUGUUACAAAGUUACAUCUUGUUGAUCAGGUUUUCCAGUUUCAAGUGAUCGUUGAAAACCAAGCGCACAAUUUUUUCUCAUCAGAUGUUAUAACACAGAUGUUCUCUAAUAUCAAGAGUAUUUACCAAUUCCAUCACAACUUCAUGUGUCCACAACUGGAGGAGAGAAUGAAGAAUUGGCAUUCGGAACCAAGAAUUGGGGAUCUAAUGAAGAGAAAUGCUCCUUUCCUUAAACUAUAUUCAGAAUAUGUAAAGAACUUUGAUAAUGCCAUGAAUCUUAUGAAUGAAUCAGCAGAGAAAUGUCCCAAAUUUGCAGCUAUUGUGAAAGAAAUUCAGCAACGCCCUGACUGUGCCAAUUUAACCUUACAACAUCACAUGUUGGAACCAAUCCAGAGAGUCCCUCGUUAUGAGUUAUUAUUAAAAGAUUACUUAAAACAUCUUCCUGCAGAUUCACCUGACAGAAAAGAUACAGAAGAAGCACUCCAGAAAGUUACAGAAGCUGCAAGUCACUCAAAUGAAGCAAUGAACAAAAUAGAGAAAUUCAGAAAGCUGUUAGAAAUUCAUCAACGUCUUGGCCAGACAGUUGACUUAAUUAGUCCGACACGAGAACUUGUUCGAGAAGGACGUGUAGUCAAGAUCUCGGCACGAAGUGGAGAGAAACAGGAACGGUACAUAUUCUUGUUUAAUGACUUGAUGUUGGUGUGUAGUGAACCUCUCCUUGGUACCUACAAGAUAAGAGCUAGUAUGACUAUCGAUGGGAUGCAGGUGAACCAAGCUGACCUCCCAAAUUCGUUUUACGUGCAGAGCACCGAGAAGACUAUCGAGUUACUAAAUGAUGGUCAAAUAGAUGAUCCGAGCUGCUGGUUCUGUAUUAUAAAAUUGACAAUAGAUGACUUUAAUAAUCGCAAACAGUCUAUGCGAACCAUAGAGAAAGCACAGAAAAUGUACAUUGAAGAGGAUGAUGAUGUGGGCAAACGGGCACCUCGAUGGAUUAAAGAUGACGCUGCAAGUAUGUGUAUGCUCUGUAGCAACCAGUUUACCACUUUCCGCCGCAGACAUCACUGCCGAGCUUGUGGUUAUGUCGUGUGUGGAAAAUGUUCAUCUCGAAAACUUCCUCUACUGUACGAUGAUAAUAAACUAAACCGAGUUUGUGACAAAUGUUUUGAAAUGUUGGAUGCUGUUGUCACUAGGAACAACGGAGAAUCCCCAUAUGAGAAGAGAAAUAUUUUAGAGUGUAAAGCUACUGAACCUAAUGUCCACUGUGGCUACCUACAUAUAAGUACAGACCAUUGUAAGAACUGGUGCAGACGAUUUUUUUCCGUGCAUGACAAUUUUGUCAUGUACAUUUUCAAAAGUAACCAGGAUGGCUACGCUCUGUCAACAAUGCCAUUACCAGGUUAUACAGUCACUGUGAUAGAUGAAAAUGAUCCUAUAGUAGACCGAACACAUGUCUUUAAACUUAGUCAAAGAGAACAGCAAGUACACUAUUUUAAGGCUGAAAGUGACCAGCAACUGCAAAAGUGGGUAGAAGUUCUGCGAAAAGUGGUUAUUCUAAUAAAGGCAAUUGAUAUCACCAUUGAUAUGGAAAUAGGCAGUGGUAUUUAUUAG